CGUUCGGAGUUCGGCGUUCCCCGGUUCUGUGGUGGUCUGGCCGCAGCGCCCCGGUGCCGUCGAGCUAGAAGUGGUGGGGCAGGGGGAUUAGCGGGGCUCGCAGCAGCAUCAGCAGAAGAUGGAGGCGAGCCUGACGUGCGCAGUGUGCCUGUCGCUGUUGGAGGAGCCGGUGACGCUGCCGCUGUGCUCGCACAACUUCUGCCGGAGCUGCGUGCUGGAGUGCCUGGCCUCGGCCGAGGCCGCCCGCCUGCAGCAGCUGCAGCGGAGCCCGGGGCAGGUCCGUCUCGGCCGCGGGGCGCCGGCGCCGGGCCCGGGCCCGUCGUGCGCCCGGGUGCCUUGUCCGCUGUGCCGGAAGCUGUGCGUGCUGCCCCGCGGCGGCGUCGCCGCCCUGCCCGUCAACACCACCCUGGCCGAGGUGGUCAAGCUCUACCGGUCCGGCGCGGCGGGCACGACGGCCGGGGAGGCGGCGCUGGGGCCGAAGCCGGGGUCCGAUCUGAUCUCUCCGAAGGCGUUCGGGGGAAGCUGCCAGAAACACCCGAGCCGGACGGUGCAGCUCUACUGCCGCAUGUGCCGGCGGGCGGGAUGCGGGCAGUGCGUCUCCGAGGAGCAUCAGGGCAUCUUCCACUCUGUCAACCUCAUAGACACGGUGUACCAGGAAGAAAAGUUAACUUUCUUUAGCACUCUGAAACAAAUGAGGAUAAUACAUGAGAAGCUGGUGAAUGAGAUCUCAAAACGACCUAAUGAUGCAGAUAUGAUGCUGAAAAAUGAUGUGGAGAUAAUCGAGCUGAAAUUUGGAGACAUUUUCAAAACUCUAGAAAUGAAAAAACAGCAAUUGCUAGAGGAUGUUGAAAAUCAAAGAGGUAAAAAAGAGAAGGAAUUUCAGAUUUGGAAGAAAAUGAAAGAAACUCAUAAGAAGACCAUUGAGAAUUUUUUGAAGGAUUGUGAAGAGCUUGUCCAUGAGUGUGAUCCUCAGUGUUUCCUGGAGGUUGCCUGUGGAUUGAAUACAAGAAUGAAAACUCAGCUUGAUGUGAUGAAUAUAGCAUCCAACUUGGAAAAACCACCAGUGUAUAUGCCAAAGAAGAUAGAUACGAAGUCUGUGGUUAAUGAAAUCUUAGCAUUGGAGUUAACACCUGUAAAUGCAGGCAUUGUUCAAGAGCUACCUUAUGAGGGAAAUGAGAGCUCCACUCUACUUAAAGAUAUCUUAAAGCAGAAUACGCCCAACAUAUUUCUUCCUGUAGCAGGACAGGAUGAAGCAGAUGGCAGCAGGGUCUCUACUCGCUUUAUGUCAAUAUCAGAAAUGCCAGCAUUUCAAAAUAUGAGCCAUGAGGAGUUGCGUUACAAAUACUAUAUGGAACUUCAGAAGCUCACUAAUGUAUUUAAGACACAAAAUUUACCUGCAAACAAAAAGUAUAAAUUUGUAAAUGCUGAGGCCUCCAAGGAUAACUCCUCAGGAACUUCUUUUAUAUCUUCAUCUACCAAAGCAAAUAACACAGAGAAAAUAAAAAUGGGAACCCUGCGAAGAGGAGGUGGCUUUGAUAAAAGAAACUUUUCUGGAAGCAGUGCUCAUAGCAUCCCAUCCACAAAUACAAUGUUUUCUGAAACAAAUGGUGACUUAAAAUUAUUUAAUGAGGGAAGUGGCCAGGAAGUAUCUACUCCAGCCUUGUCAGAAACCUCUCCAGACUUGUUAAUUAAGGAAAAAUGGUCAAGACAGGCAUCAGUAAGUGCUUUUUCCAAUGAAAUGAACUCAGAUCUCAGCAUUUCAUUCAACUUAAAGCCAAUAGAAAAAGUGGCUGUUACUGUUUCAAAUUCAGAAUCUGUAGAUGCUUCAGCAGAGAGACCUUCAGGUGUACCUUUUACUUUCAGUGCAUCUAACAAUUCUUUACCAAGAUUUAGUAAAGACAGAGGUAUGUUUUCCCUUAAAAAGCAAGACAAGAGAUGUGGUUUCCCUCAGUUUUAUUUAGGAAGAUGUGAUAAGGUGGGAAAAACCAAUAACCAGGAUAAAUAUGAUCCUGAAACCAAAAACAAAGUUUGUGGUGCUUCAACAAGUUCUAAUUUAGACUCAGCAGAAAGUGAGAAACAAGACAUUUUGUUUCCCUUCGGCAAUUCAGAAAGAAAUGGGUUUGCAGGACCGGAAAUUAGCAAUUCUUGUGAAGUGUUAACAUCGUCCUCAUUUUUUAGCCGAUCUGAGAAGCCAUCUGAAAAAAAAACAUUAUGUCACAUGAGGGAAAAAACACCUUGUACAGAGGAACUUGCAGGAUAUGAUACACAGAAACCAUCUGUCUUAGGGGAACAAAAACCUCACCCCUCAGAAUCCAGCACAACUGUAGCUUGCAGUACUUCAGAAAGCAACACUGGAGUUGGGGUGAAUGGUGUCUCCAAGACCCCCCUUACCACCACUAAUUGUGGAUUUUCUUUCAAAAGUAACUUUUCUUUGCCUUCACCAGUAUUCUCAUUUGGAGGCAUUGUCAGAAAUACUUCGUCCAUGUUUUUUUCUGGAAACAGAACAGAAAAAAUGGAUAAGGAGAGGAUGAAAUCUCCUGACAAAACACUUCUCAAUCUAGGGACACCUGUGUCUUCAGAGUGUUCAGAGCCUGCUUCUCUUCAGAGUCAUCCAAAAUGUGAAGGCUCAUGUUUGCCUAUGAGCUCAUCUAAAAGCACUGAAAGUGCAGAAAGGCUUGGCAGUGGUAACACUCCACCUUUAUGUUCAGGAGUCCUUCCUAUUGAUGAUGAGAAUGCAUCUUCCACUCGACUCACCACCUCAACACAACAACAAAAAAAGCCAAAAGGUGAAGAGACUGUUGCUGAAAACAACUGUGUAUGCCCUAGAAGAGAGGAUGAACCUGAGCCUGUACGUUGUCAGAACACUCCUGGCCCAUGCAAUGAUCCAUCUUCAGGAGGGUUUGUGCUUGCAAUAAGUGAGACAGCAGGAGUGCUAAGAGACAACACUUCUGACACUUAAGAGCUGAGUCAAACAUCUGUCUCUACUGCUACCAUCCAUGCAUCAGAAUAUUUUUCUGUUGCUGAAGACAAAAUGUCUGGUAGAAGAAAAUCAGAUGUGAAGAGGGACUGAAAAGGAAAAUAAGCUGGAAUUAAAUAAAUGCUACUUCAUACAUUAAAAGGUGGGGAUACUUGUGAUUCUACAGCUGUUCUUCUCCCCACUUCUUGUCAAUCAAGGUUAUCUCUGUAUUGGAAACUUGACUGCUUCUGAACAAUACAAUGCAAUGAAUUGAUUUUUAUAGUAUAGUCACAAACUCAAGAAACAACCAAAAACGUCAUGGCUGACUCAAGACCAAAGCAUAGCCAUCCAUAGCUGCUGCAUCUUCAAGAAUGCAAAUAUUCUGGGGUGUGUUUGGGGGAUGGGACGCUGAGGUAUCCCAGAAAGUGAGUUGGGUGAAGCCUCCGUGGCAGGAGGCAAUAAAUAGCUAUCUGUGUACAGCAGCACUUGGCACUUAAAUGGGUGACAGAACAGCUAGGAGCAUUCACCUCACAGGCAGGGAGGGAAGAGAGCUACAACAAAAAUAAAGGAUAUUGAAGGCAUUACUAAAAAUUGUUUUGCUUAUCUCCCUAUGGCUGUUUCGUUUUCUGUGAUGUGUUUAAUGUAUGUUGAAGGUGUAAGUUUGAGUGUAACUUUCACUUUUUUGAAAUGGAAGCAUGGUAUCAGUGGUCUGGUUACGCACUGCAGAAGGGUGUCAGCUACACUUCUGAAGUGCUACCUUCAGGAAAUAUAAACUAUUAAGUUUCAGCUUUUUGGCAACAGUUUGGGAAUAUUUGGACACAUGAACUUGCUCUUUUAUUUUAUGUAAAAGCUUUCAGAGAACCUAGCUUUUAAAACAAAAAUUUCCUUUAAAGUCUGUGUGUAAUGACAAGAAAAAAGGAAAAUGGCACGUCUCACUAAAUGUAUUAAUGAUUUAGAACUUGUGGGAUUUUUAGUCUGAAAAGCAAUGCAAAGUUAGGCUGAAAAGACCGUCUUUUCUACUUGCUGGCCAUUUUGCUGGAUCCAAGAGAUAACUGUGUGUUGGGGGUUGUUUUUUCCCUUCCUCUCUGUGGAAUUUUUUCCCCCAUGACUUGCUAAGAAAGCCGUGAUGGCUAGUGCCAGGGGGAAGGG